UCCUACUUAAACGCAACGUCUCCUCGCCCGCCGGGCCAUUAAUUACUCCCCAUCCCCUCCUUCCCUAGCUCCCUGCCUCCGAGAGGUUUGAAACAGAGGGAGGGCCAUCAUCCUCAUCCAUCGAGUCCCCUCUCGUCGUCGAUCCACCGGAAACUCGUCGUCGAUGGCGGACUGGGGCCCCGUGGUGAUCGCGACGGUGCUGUUCGUGCUGCUGACGCCGGGCCUGCUCUUCCAGCUCCCCGCGCACGGCCGCAUCGUCGGCUUCGGCACCAUGCACACCAGCGGCAUCGCCAUCCUCGUCCACGCCGUCCUCUACUUCGCGCUCAUCACCAUCUUCCUCAUCGCCAUCGGAGUCCACAUCUACGCCGGCUAGCUGGAGCCGCGGAGCUCGGCCUCUUCCGCCCGCCCUUCGCCAAGCCUCAGUCCUCCUCUCGUCGCUCCCUUUUCCUAUCUACUCCUCCUAGUAGUGUAAACAUGUGAGUGGCGACUGUUGUUGCUGGUGGUGUUUCUUGUUAAUUAAUUUAACUGCAGCGAAAGCAAUCUGGUGGAUGCUGCAGUGUGUUGUAUUGUAAUGAAGGGAUUAUCGUGAGAUUCUCUGUUCGUUGCUUU